GUUAGGGAUCUCUCUACACACGCCACACUUAUCUUUCUCUAGUUUUUCAUUUCUCCUUCUGCUCAGUUUAACAGUCAAUACAUUUCACAAAACAAUUGUUGCUUUUUUUGGAUAUGAUUACAUUUUUCAGUCUAAUGCAGUUGCAGUUUGAGAUGUGUGGGAGCUUGUUACUCAAGCUAAAUUAGGUAAUUUUUAGCUGGGUAAUGUGCUAAUCCUUAAACCUUUAUGUUUUUAAAUCCUGUGUAUGUCUGGUCUCUUCAUACAAAAGAGUAUUUUGCUUGUUUCUUCUCGUCGUCUUCAGUCUGAAGCCUUAUGUAGGUCAGGCUUGGCUUAAGCAGAUUUCCUGAACCUGCGUCAGCUUAAGCUGAAGGAAUUUUAAUAAACCCUCCCUUGUAGGCGUGGGCCUAAAUGAGACUAGCCUAGUUAAGCCUGAUCUUUUUCUGUUUGUGAAAAAGAGCUGAGCACAGCUAGGGACUGCAUGGUGGCUUCAGAAACUGCCUCCUUAAUUCGGAGAUAACAAUGGUUGGGAAGGCCAGAUCUUCUAAUUUUACCUUAUCUGAAAAGCUUGAUUUGCUAAAACUUGUGAAGCCAUAUGUUAAAAUUCUUGAAGAACAUACCAAUAAGCAUUCUGUAAUAGUGGAAAAAAACAAAUGCUGGGAUAUCAUAGCCGAUAACUACAAUGCCAUCGGAGUAGAUCGCCCUCCUCGUACUGCACAGGGCCUGCGCACGCUGUACAAGAGGCUCAAAGAAUAUGCCAAACAGGAGCUAUUGCAGCAAAAGGAGAGUCAUUCAGAUUAUAAAAGCAGCAUCUCCGAGCCAACCAAGAAAGUUGUGGAGAUGAUUCCACAGAUUUCCAGUGUGUGUUUAAGAGACAGGAGCAGUUUACAAAGUGCCAGCAUCGAUAAAGAAACACUUGCUGGUGCCUGUUCACCACAGGCAGUGUUGGAUCAUCAUCCUGCAGCUGUCACAAUGGAGUUGGAACCAGAAGAGGAUGUCAAACCUCCUCCUUCUUUGAUUGUAGAUUCACAACAAAGUGAGAAUUUAGAACAGGGUGAAGAACACCAAUUAGUGCAUAUUAUGGAGAGAUCUCCUUCAACUUCUGUAUCUUCAGUUGAUAUGAGGAUGAUGAUGUCUCCAUCUCCUGUUCCCAGAAGAGAUGAGUUUUUUAGGUUUGAGGUAGGAGAACGUUUUAGGCCCAUGUGUGGAUAUGAUCCACAGAUGUUGCAAAUGCUGAAGGAGGAGCAUCAAAUAAUCUUGGAAAAUCAAAGAAAAAUUGGGCUUUAUGUUCAAGAAAAAAGGGAUGGUUUGAAAAGAAAACAGCAGCUAGAAGAAGAACUAUUGAGAGCAAAAAUCAAAGUAGAGAAGCUGAAAGCAAUACGACUACGACGUGAUCUACCAGAAUAUAACAGUAUCUAAAAUAUUUAUCACUUCUCUGUUACAGUCUUCAAGAUACUUUAUUAUAAUUCCUUUGGGCUAGUAAAACACUUUCUUAUAUUAAUGUGAAUGGAAUGGAUCAAAAUCUAGCCUUGAGAAAUAAAUGCAUGUUUUUCAUUUUGUUGUUUAUGUAUGUUAGCAAAAGUGUCAAAAGUGUCUUGCUCAGGUUUGAAUCUUCCCAUCUCUUCUAGUCUGAAGUAUAAUCAGAUACUGUAGAUCUAAGUGUGUAAGAUGAAAUGACUACCUUUUGAAAUCUUCCACUGAUCUCUAUCAGAGCUAUAACAAGCUAAUGAAAAUUUAGGCAGUGCUUCCAAAAGAUGUUGAUUUUAUGCAUUACUCUUUCUCAAAGUGAUCUUUAUCCUUUAGUAUUCUUCAUGAAGUUAUUUACAGGUUAAUAAAUAUACAUAAAGAGGAAAAAA